UCUCCCUCUCGCGAGAUCGCGUGGUGAUGGCGGCGGGGGGCGAGUGGUCGCGGCGGCCGCCGUGUCCGUGAAGGGAAGAGAGGGAAGGGGAGGGGAGGGGAGGCUGAGAGAGGCCCCCUGGCGCACGGCCAGAGCGGCGCUGAGUGUGGCCGCGGCGGGAGGCGGAGCGGCGAGCUCCGGGAGAGGGUUGCGGCCCGUUACCAUGGAAACCGCCGCCCGGAGGGAGAGCAAGAAGGCGCUGCGGGUGAAAGUCAUCACUCUGGGCAGCGCCGAGGUGGGCAAGAGCUGUAUCAUCAAACGCUAUUGUGAGAAGAGAUUUGUCCCAAAAUAUUUGGCGACUAUUGGGAUUGACUAUGGAGUUACAAAGGUUCAGAUGAGGGAUCGUGAGAUUAAAGUUAACAUCUUUGACAUGGCGGGUCAUCCAUUUUUCUAUGAGGUGCGAAAUGAGUUUUACAAAGACACGCAAGGGGUGAUCCUGGCUUAUGAUGUUGGGCAGAAGGAAUCCUUCAAAGCACUGGAAAGCUGGCUCACUGAGAUGAAGCAAGAACUUGGACCUCAUGCAAACAUGGAAAACAUUGUGUUUGUUGUAUGUGCUAAUAAGGUGGACUGUGGGAAACGGCGCGUGAUUGAUGAGAGUGAGGGGCGUCUCUGGGCUGAGAAUCGUGGAUUCUACUACUUUGAAACCUCAGCACAAUCUGGUGAGGGUAUCAAUGAGAUGUUCCAGACUUUCUUCUCGUCGAUCCUUGACAUGUGUGAGAAUGGUAAACGUCCUCAGUCCAACCUUAGCCUGGGGUUCACCAAAGAGCAGGCCGACACCAUCCGCAGGAUACGGAAUAGCAAGGAUAGCUGGGAGAUACUGGGAAUGAAGCCUGGAGCAUCCAGGGAUGAGGUAAACAAGGCGUACCGGAAGCUGGCGAUGCUCCUUCACCCGGACAAGUGCCUCGCACCGGGGAGUGAAGAUGCCUUCAAAGCAGUUGUCAACGCGCGGACCGUGCUGCUGAAAAACAUCAAGUAAGAACGGGGUGAUGAUUCUGAAACAGAAUGAGAAGCAUCCUCUCCAACUGCUGUGUGUUACAUUCACUGGAACUAAGGAGCUAAUAAAUGUCAUUUAAUGUUUGGCAUGAGCGCAGGACAAAUAAACAUGAACGUUUACGUGGUGCAAGUUUUAGUGAUUUGCACAAUCAACCUUCACUGAUCUAUAACCAUCAAUAAGAGACGAGCAGCAACUGAGUCCUGUAAAGGGACAGUGGUUUGGAUGCUGGGCUGAUGCAACGUGUCAAAGGUGGGCUUUGAAAAUGCCUAUUCGGGGCUGACAAAGGUAAGCUUUGAAAAUGCACCAGAUAUGCUAAAUGCAGGUACUUCAAUUUGAACUGAUGAAAUUGGGGGUAUUGGUGUCUGCUUUCCUCUUCAUUUGCAAGCUCAUUCCCCUAAUUCAAGUCUGUUCUGAUGAAAAGUAAUUGAGCUGAAACUUUGGUUUUGUUUUUCUCCAAAGAAUCUUCCAGUACUUUCUGGUUUUUUUUGGUCAGGUGUUCUGCUUAGCAACCAAAUUUCCUUGAAUAUACAGUACAAUCCACUUACCCCAGAGCUACAGUGCUUGAGGUAAGUUCACAUCCUGUGCAGAAGUUUUUCUGUUUGUGAGCCACCGUUACAGAGUAUAGUAUCGAUAACAACAUUAGUGGGUUCAUGCAACUGUACAAAAGAUUGUGAAGAUAGAUUAAAAUGUUUGAUAGGAGACAAACAAAUAAAAAUAUUUAAAGAAUUAUUUCAAAAUUCACUAAAAAUAUGCGUUUAGUUGAGCAAAAGAAAAAUCGGACAAAGUUAACAAUGCAAUUUAAGGAUCUUCUGAUCCAUAGGCAGUCCCUUGGAAUCAAGGAUAGUUUGCUUCCACUCUAAAUCCAUGCUUCUUUGUUGAGUGUUGAGGCCACUGUGAGAACCACAUGCUUCCAUACAAAGGGUAGGAGGUGCCUGAGAGGGUGGGCGUGGGGAGAUUGUGAACUGGUCUCAUCCCCAUUCAUGCUGGGCUUUUAUGUGCUCCCAGUCUGUGGACUUGAGGUUCUCCUGCCAUCCCAAACACUGUUGUGGACCAGCAAUUUCCAGGGUUGGGGAUGUUGCUGUUCUCCCAAGGAUUCUCAGCAUAUCCAUGAGUCUCCUUUCUCAGCCCUACGCCAGCAUAUAGGAAUAAAGGGUCACCAUUAGAAGUUGGGUAUUGGGUAGACCCAACAAACUAACUGAGCAACAAACAAUCUGCUGGAGGAACUGAAUGGAUCGAGCAGUAUUAUGGGGGGGGGGGGGGGGGGGGGAUUGUCAUUGUUUCAGGUCAAGAUGCUGACUUCACAAAACAUUCUCCGUUACAAUUCUCAACACUGGUGACCCACAAGACUCUCUUCUCAGCCCCUUACUAUGCACUCACGACUUGUGGCCAAAUUCUGCUUUAACUCCAUUUACAAGUUUACAGAUGAUACCACCAUAGUGGACCAGAUUACGAACUGUGAAUCGACGGAGUACAGGAAGGAGCAUGGUGUCAAGACAACAUCCUUUCCUUCCAUGUCAGCGAAAUGAAGGACUGGUCACCGUUUCAGAAGUACAUGCCCUAGUACACAUCUGCAUCAAAGAUGCUGAAGUAGAUAUGGUCAAGAGCUUCAUGUUUCACAUUCAAGUUAUGGCUAAGAAGGCACACUCGGAGGACUCGGGGAAAUUCGGCAUGUCUCCAAAGACUUACUAAUUUCUAUGGCUCCAAUAUAGAAAACAUUAAAUUGGAAUGCAUCACAGCUUGGUUUAGCAAUUGCAAGACAUUACAGAGUUAUAAAGGUAGCCACUCCAUCAUACAAACCAAUCUCCACCCAAAGACUCCAUCUGUAUCACUCUUCCUGGGGAAAGUAACCAACACUAUCAAGGAACAUUCAGAGCACAGUCAUUCCCUCUUCCCUCUCCCUUCAGACAGAAGAAAUAAAAGCUUGAAAGUGUGUACCACCAGAUUCAAGAACAGUUUCUUCCCACCUGUAUCAGACGGUGAAAGGACCUCUCAUUUGCUGAGGAUGUAUUCCCCAUCUCACAAUCUACCUCACUGCAGGCCUUGCACUUUACUUUUAUCUGCACUAUCUCUAGCUGUAACACCAUAUUCUGCACUCAGUUUAUUUUCUCUUUUGCACUACCUGAUAUACUCAUGUAUGAAUGAUUGGCCUGGAUAGUAUAUAAAACAAAGAUUUUUCCUGUAUCACUGUACAUGACAAUAAUAAACCAAUACCACAUGAUUUGUUGUUCCAGA